AUGUCGACAUUCGAUGGCUUCAUCCGUGAAUUCGACGGCCUUGUUCGUGUGGAUAACUUCCAACAAUCCGGCUGGCUUCCGACGGGAUGCCGCGCAUCAUUGGUUUAUCUCUUGUCGCAUGCUCACUCGGAUCAUAUGGUCGGCCUCGAGACGUUUGCCGGCGCAACGAUCUGGUGUUCGGAGGUCACCAAAGCCAUCGUCUUGAACAUUCGCCCGGUUCAAGCUCGAGUUAACGAAGCCAAUGGCAUAGGCAAUGGAAAAAUGGACCAGACUUAUAGAAACUUACUACCGAAGGAUUCCAGUGAAAAACCCCUUCUGAAAACUAUGAAACCCUACGAUCCCGAGGAGAUUCCAGUGAUCAAUUCAAAGGGGGGGAUAUGCCGCGUAACACUCAUUCCAGCUAACCACUGUCCAGGCUCGGCGAUGUUUUUGAUCCAAAUGUGGAACCGUAACGUCCUUUACACUGGCGAUAUUCGUGCGGAGCCUUGGUGGGUGGAGUCGUUGACCAAAGAACCUCAACUCGCACCCUUCGUCGUUCCUCCUCAAGGGAUCAACCAUCGACUCGUAAAACCUCCUCAAGAUAAACACUCGCCCAAAACAAUCCCUUCGUCCGAGGAGGAAACCACGCGCCCCUUUCUCCAGCUGAAUAACAUCUAUUUGGAUACUUCAAGUUUACUCACCAAACUCGAUGUCUUGACAAAGGAUGAAGCGAUCAAAUUGACGAUUCAAAUGAUGUCCGCCUAUCCAAAGGAUACCAAUUUCUUCAUUAAUUCAUGGACUUGGGGUUACGAGGAGUUGCUUCAACGGAUCGCUGUUCACUUCAAAACUUCUAUCCAUGUAGAUGACUACAAGUACUCAAUCUAUAAGCUGUCUGACUUCAGGAAACAAUUUCCUCUCUUGCUAGCUCGUUUAACCCUGGAUCCGGAUGAGACCAGGUUCCAUGCUUGUGAAAGGACUGACCGAUGCCAGAAAGUUCUUGAUAAAAGUAGAGAAUGGCAGCAGUCUCAGUCCCUUGAUUCUGGGAUCAAAAUCGGAAGCACCAGAUCGAAAGAACCUCUGGUGGUGUGUGUCAACCCUUCCGAAAUCACGACUCAGAAAUGGAAUUUAUACAAAGCAGCUCUGGAUGUCAAACUUGCGACUGCUGCUCGAUAUACCUCGGAGAACCCACAAACAGAACAUGACCUGUGGCCACAAUUACUGUUUUGCCCUUUAACCCGACAUUCGUCGUUCAAAGAGAUCCUCAACUUUAUAUCGGCAUUUCGACCCCAAUGUAUCUUCCCCAAUACAACCUCCGCGGACACCGGAUUUGUCGAGUUUUACGCAAUCCCAAAGUUGUUUGGAUCUUUACUUUCUUCUGAUGCCGCUCAAAAAAUCCAAGAGCAAGCUAUUCAAUUCGUCAAGGAUUACGAGAAACGUCAUAGCCAAGUGCGCAAGAAAGCCAGGCCCUCUGUUGAUCUGUUUGAUUGGAAAGGCAUCCAUUUCCAGAAAUUGGAAGAAGUGUUUCAAAAAUUCGAAGAACUCGAAUUCCAAUCGGCCAAAGUUCAAUCGAUGUGGAAACAAAGCUUCCCGACGAUUAAUCCGAAUGAGAAGGAUGAGGCAGCCAAGUUCUUAGGCGGUCCUCCCGCCCACGAAAAUUCAAAUCGAAAAGAUUCUCCUGAAAUCAUCGAAAUUCAAUCUUCCGAUGAGGACGAUAGUUCUGACUCGGAAACGGUCCCUGAGCCUUCUGAAACUGAUCAAGAAACUCAACGUAAUCGAUCUUCUGAAAUCUACGAAAGCGAUCCACUUGAAUCGUCUGAAAUGGCAGAAUCUAUCAGAGAGGAAACACCCAAUGAAGCAACACGUCAACUUGAAGAAAUAAAUUGGACACCUGAACAAACAAGUCCUACACCUGAACAAGUAAAUCAUACGCUCGGAGACGCAGAUUGUGCACCUGAAGAAGCAAGUCGUACACCUGAAGAAGCGAAGAGUCCUCAGCAUUCAUCAAGUGACAUACCAGUGACUCCGUCAAAUCCCACACCGAUUUCUCGUAUUCCGAUUGCAUCUACUUCAACAAAUGAAGGCACUUCGCCAUUUCAGGAUCUUCACAGCAGCCCCGCACAACCUGUUUCAGCAAACUCACCUGAAUCCAGACCUCGUUCAAAUGGCUUGGAUCUUUCUUGUGAAAGACAAACGCCGUCAGCCUGGGCGGCUAUUCUCCAAAAUAUCGAACGUCAACGAUAUUCAGAGGCGAGAGCCUUGGCUCGACACCUCCGCAAAUAUGAGCAAGCACUUGAUCAGCUUGAAGACCAUGAUCAUUCUGACGGCUGCCAUCAAUCAAAGAAACGGAAGAAGGCCAUCGAUGUUGGUGACACCUCCGAUCCGGAAAACCAGUCGAAAAGGUCUUCAAGCAUCAUCAUCAUCGAUGAUAGUCCGAAACACAUCCCUCCGAAGGAUCCGCUUCUCGUUUGGAUUGGGGUGCGAGACUGUAUUGUCACGUUGACCCAGCUGAGAGCGCAAACCUUCCACGCUCGCCAAAAAGGCGUAGAAGCAAUCAUGCGUUCUAGCUGAAAUGUGGUUAUAUAUUUGUGUAUUAUUGUCUUGAUUACUACGCAUUCCUCCUUUGCAUAACCUCUAAGAAAAGUGCAAUGCUUGACAUUCAUUCUCUUUUUUCAAUCAAAAGUAUGUGGAAUUAGAUCGUUGGUUGGACAUACACAGUCUAUUUUGCUUUCACUAUCCCUUCUGUAAUGUUUACAUAUCAUCAUUGUUUGUUCCUAGUGUAAUCUAAUUCAACCGCUUGUCAAAAAAGGAAACUGUGGGGGAUUUGUUCCGC